AAGGUUUUGGUUGGCAUGAAACGCUUAUAAAGACGCGCUCAGGGAUCGACACUCGUGUCAUUCUUAUUUUAGAUUCCGUGUUUAGUUGGUUGUUUCCACUGUUAAUUAUGAGUUUGAGAACCACGUGGAUUUUCAUAUUUUUAACUCUUGGAGUAUUAUGUGAGCCGAACAUUGGCAGACGUCGUGCCGUCCCUGUCCUCUAUCUCCAAGGGUCUCAUUAUGAAGUCGGCUUUGAUGUGGGUCGCAACUUUGCUUCCAUAAUCAAGAGUUUCCUAUCUUCUUAUGAAAACUUACGUGACUUCGAAAAGGAAUACAAAACUAUAACAGGUCAAGAUGCUUACGAAAAAACGCUUGCUAACAUGAAAAAAAGAUACCCAUACUACGUUAAAGAAAUGCAAGGUGUUGCUGAUGGUGCUAACGUACCAUUCCAUCAGCUUUUCCUGUUGCAAAUGGAUGACUUAAUUGGGACAAUUAACGAUAAUCAUAUCCCCCGUAACGACACAGGAGGCUGCAGUUCUCUGGCUGUUAAAACCCGCAAAAGUGCUAUAUUGGCACAUACUGAAGACGCUUUCGGUGAAACAUUGAACCAUUUCUACAUAAUGUCAGCACAUAUCAUACCAGAUCCUGAAGACAAGGAACUUGGAGCUGUUGAAGAAAGAUUUGCUUCUCUCUGCUACGCCGGACAUAUGCCAGGUUAUACAAUGGGGUAUAAUGAGAACGGCUUGGUUUUUUCUAUAAACACUCUUAGCCCUCUAGAAUUGAAACCCGGAAACACGCCAAGAACAUUUAUCACGCGAGCUUUAUUGGCGUCUAAGAACUUUAGUGACGCUGAAAGAAUUCUACGAGAUGAAGGUCUUGGCAUCGGGAAUGGCUUUUCUAUUAACAUGAUAUGGUCUGAUAAAUGUGGCGACCAAAAGAUUUACAAUGUGGAAGUAGCCCCGGAUCUCAAAGCGGACAGAUCCGUCUUGAACAUCAACAAUUACGUAGAUGAACCUUUGAUUCAUACUAACAUUUACCAACGUCUAUCUGUGAAGGAAGUGAUUGGCCCGAUCAUAGAUAGUAGCACAGCUAGGAUGAAAGCUAUUCAUGCGCAUCCACCUCCAGAAAACGGAAAGGAUCUAAAAAAUAUUUUAUCUGAUAUAUCUGGUCAAGACUUCCAGGUGUUCCAGGAAAAAGAGGACUCGAUUAUAAAGACUAUUGCUGCCGGUGUUUUUGAACUGGAUAAGAUGACUUGGAGCAUUUAUAUCAACAAGCCAAACAUCUCCGAACCUGUGGCUGUUCUACCUAUACGAUUCUCCAGUCUGUUAAAAUGUGAAUCCUAAUUUUUUCCUUAGAACUACCUAUAGCUUUAAUAUUGCUUUUCCUAUCCAAGUGAUAAAUUUAUAUAAUGUAACCAAAAUCUAUCCUAUUGUUGAAAUAUGUAUUUUAUUAUCGUGUUUGCUUAGACUUUAGAUUUUUACCAUUUAAAUUAAAAUUAAUAAAUAUUGCAAAAAUCUAUAUGAGUAACAUUUAACUGUUUUUUUUUUUUUUUAUCAAUGUAUAUAAUGUUACUUAAAAAUUAAAAGCAAAUUAAGACCACAAAUAGGUUCUGACCAAAGCUUUCCAUAUUCAGAUAUAUGUUUUUUUUUUGUAUUUGAUUUUAAAAAAUAAGGACUUGUAUUUUUUUUUUCAUUCAUAAAAUAAAUUGUGUUGCAUUUCAAAUAGUGUGUGUAAAAAUAAAUAAUAUUCUCAAA